AUGGAUAACAAGCAUAUCAUAAUCAUUCUCGCCCUGGUCGGAGGCCUGUUUGUGUAUCGCAAACGCAGCUCGAACAAACGUCCACCUCUCCCACCUGGUCCACCGGCUGACCCAUUGAUUGGCCACCUACGAGUCAUGCCAACUGACAACCACGAGCUGGUAUUUCUUGAAUGGUCGAAACUAUAUGGGGAUGUCAUGCAUCUCAAAGUCCUCAGUCAUAAUAUCAUUGUACUCAACAGCGUGGAGGCAGCUACCGACCUUCUCGAGAAGCGCAGCGCAUUGUACAGUGACCGACCAAACAUGACCGUAUACGUAGAAAUUGGGUGGGAUCCAAUUUUGGUAUUCUUGCCGUACGGUUCACGCUUUCGUAAACAUCGCCAACUCCUACAUUCACAUUUCGGCCAGCGUGCCAUCUCCAAAUUCCAGCCUAUCCAACUCCAGAAUGCGUUGAUUCUCGCACAAGGACUAAUGGAUAAUACGAAAGACUACCAACAUGUCCUUGGCAGGUACACCACGGCCAUAGUGAUGCGCGUUGCGUACGGUCACCACAUUUUUUCCGAUGAUGAUGAAUUUGUACAGAUCGCACACGACAGCGGGUAUACUUUGAACAACGCAGGUCCACCUGGAGGAACUGCAGUUGACCUUUUCCCUAUUUUAAUGAAUUUCCCCUCGUGGUUUCCUGGGACUCAUUAUGCUUCCUUUGCUCGAGAGUGGAGAUGGGCGGUUAAGAAGCUGUGCAAUCGCCCAUAUGAGUAUGUGAAACAACGGAUGGCGGAAGGCACGGCGGAGCCAUCUUUUCUCCUCGAGCAACUUGAGGCAACAUCAGGGAAGAAACUUACAGACGACGAAGUAGAGGAUAUUAAGGGGUGCGCAGGCGUCAUCUUCGUCGCAGGUGGCGAGACUACUUGGUCGAGCCUAGAAACAUUCUUCUUGGCGGUUCUACGUCACCCGGAGGUGCAGAAGAAAGGCCAAGAAGAGAUUGACCGUGUUAUUGGACCUGACCGGCUUCCUACUUUUGAAGACUACGAUUCCUUGCCAUACGUGGAGUGCGUUGCACAAGAGAUAUUAAGGUAUUGCUCUCCCAUCACUGCCGACAUGGCUCACGAACACUCAGGCGUGCCGCACCGCUCCACGGAGGAUGAUAUUUACAAAGGCAUGUUCAUCCCGAAAGGCUCAAUAAUUUUCGCAAACAUCAUGGGUAUGUCUAUGGACGAAAGUGUUUACGCUGAACCAACUCGGUUCAAUCCCGAUCGCUAUUUGCCCAAGUCCCAUGGCGGCAACGGAGAGCCCCAUCUAGAUGCUGCUUUUGGAUUUGGCAGAAGGAUUUGUCCAGGAAGACACCUUGCAGUAGCGAGUAUAUGGAUUGCUGUUGCGACGAUAUUCGCUACAGUGGACAUCAACAGGGUCAAGGACGUAGAUGGAAAUGAAAUUACGCCAGAACUAGAAUUUGAAACAGGAAUCACCAGCCGCCCGAAACGAUUUCAGUGCAAGACGUCGCCUAGGUCUGAGAAGGCAUCUAGUCUUGUGGCUGUUGAAUGUGCUAUGUUGUCGGGGUAG